CAUUAUUAACAGCUAAUCACAGCUUCCCUACCAUAACUGUCGUUCCCGAUAACUGUUCAGGAUAACAACAACAUUUAUAUCUCUGCAGGUUCCUCAAUCCUGCCAUUGUUUCUACCUACCCAUUUCUUCUGCUCUUCUAAAACCCCAAUUUUCUCAUCUCCCCUCCCGUCCCAGAGUGCAGAAAUUGCGAAUAGCUCCUGCAAUAUGACGGGUAAAAUUCAAGUGCAAGAACCUCUACUGCCCAAACACCACCGGCGCUUAUCGGCGGAGGAGAGUUCCAGCAGCGGCGGUGGUGGUCGUCGUGCGUCGGUGACUGGGGCGGUGUUUAAUGUCUCGACGAGUAUAAUUGGUGCCGGAAUUAUGUCAAUUCCGGCGACACUGAAAGUUUUAGGAGUAAUUCCGGCGAUUUUGUUGAUUUUGUUCAUUGCUGUGUUAUCCGAAGUGUCGGUGGAUUUUCUUCUGCGGUUUACGAGUUCUGGUAAGUCAACGACUUAUGCGGGUUUGAUGGGUGAAUCGUUCGGACGAGCUGGAUCGGUUGGGUUGCAGAUCUGUAUCAUGGUUACUACUCUUGGAACUCUCAUUAUCUACUUGAUUAUCAUCGGGGAUGUAUUGUGUGGAACUGCAAAUACUGUAUCAAAAGGGGUUACAGUGGAACACUUGGGGAUUUUGCAAGAAUGGUUUGGAACCCAUUGGUGGAAUUCAAGAACUUUUGCUCUUCUGUUCAUGGUCAUUUUCGUAAUUGCGCCGCUCGUGUUGCUUAAACGCGUAGAGUCCUUGAGGUUCAGUUCAGCGAUAUCGAUUUUACUUGCAGUGGUGUUUGUUGCUAUAAGCACCAUAAUGGCAAUAUCUGCACUAUGGGCAGGGAAAACAAAGACCCCAAAACUUGUGCCUGACCUUGUUAAUAGCUCGUCCUAUUUCGAGCUGUUCACUGCUGUUCCUGUAAUUGUCACAGCUUUCACCUUCCAUUUCAAUGUUCAUCCGAUUGGAAAUGAGCUCAACAAAUCUUCUGACAUGGUUUCGGCUGUUCGGAUAUCACUUGUUUUGUGUGCCACAAUCUACAUUACGGUUGGUUUUUUCGGGUAUUUGCUCUUCGGUGACAGUGUCUUACCCGAUAUAUUAGCGAACUUUGAUCAAAAUUUCGGUUCAAAAGUCGGAUCAGUUCUUAACGAUGUUGUUCGGUUAAGCUACGCACUGCAUCUUGUGUUGGUGUUUCCUCUUCUGAAUUUCGCGCUGAGGAUCAAUAUCGACGGACUCAUCUUUCCGAAGUCAUGGCCCCUAUUGGCUUCCCAUAACAUCCGGUUCUUGUCACUUACAUUUUUCCUGCUCGCGGUCAUUUACUUAGCAGCAAUAGCUAUCCCAAACAUAUGGUAUUUUUUCCAGUUCAUGGGAUCAACAACUGCACUCUGCCUAGCUUUUAUCUUCCCAGGCGCAAUCGUUCUCAGAGAUGCUCAUGAAAUUUCGACAAAAAAAGACAGGAUAUUGGCAGGGGUAAUGAUUGGAUUAGCUGUAAUUGCAAGUUCUAUUGCCAUUUACACCAAUAUAAACACUUUGGUUAAAAAGGACUCAUAGUUUGGCUCAUAUGUAGAGUAGUGUACACUGUAGUAUUUCUUUGGGUUGAUGAAUAUCCGUCUCCCUUUCCCAUAGAUGUGUGUGUAAUCUCUUGAAUUCCAUUCUAAAUUUAUUAGUGGAUUUAUCCAACUCUUUGACAUAUACAAGACACCAUACUGUAGAGAAUAAAACAGGAUGUUUCUAGUUUUCAA